UUGAAAAAUUUCAAUCACAGCCACCUAACACCGUUGUCCACAAUAAUAGACAGAAAGCCACCAACACCACCGAUCAGCCGCCUCUGGCAACCGCCAAGCUGCCACUGGCACACCUUAUCAGAGAGACACAAGGUGCACAGAACAAAUCAAAUUGCCGCGGAAGCUCAACCCUACCGUUAGGCAAGAACCGAGGCACCCAACAGUGAUCACGGCGGGAGCCAUGCCACCCAAACCACCAGAUUCUCUUGCCGUUGGGCCAAAAUAAAACUACUUGGGAGAAGACUGACCGGAAAAACAAACGGAAAGAGAAGACACGGCCGAGAAAGGGAUGACAGGGAUGUUGAAAGUUAAACUUAAUUGUAUUAUUGUGUGUGCAUGUGUGUGGGCCGUGAAGAGACAAAGAAGAUGAGAGAGGGAGAUUGUGUAUAAGUAAAGUGUGGGUGGCCAAGCCAGCAAAUAAUAUAGCUGUGCAAUAGCGUGGUGUUGUCUGUGGAAUAAAAACUAGAGGUUGGGGAGUAGCUCAAGUUGUAUGGCUGUGAUUGUGUGAAAUUGUGUAUAAGUAAUGUGUAUGUGUGGGAAAUGAGAGAGUUAGAGAACAAAGAAGUGAGAGAGAGUCAGAGAGAUCAGGGAGCCCCUGAGGGGGUCUCUCCCAAUCAAUAGUGGAGUAAAUUGUGUGUGAGAGAGGAGAGAAGUGUGUGAGAGUUGUGUGUAUGCAAUUUUGUGUUUAUAGAUUAAUAAAAGAGUAGUGAAUGUCUCUCUUGAUUCCCAACAAUGAGAGAUGCCGUGAGAGAAGAAGACCAACAAAUAGAGGGUAUGGGGUCGGGAAAAAGAGGGAGGAGAGAGGGAGAAAGAAGGGAACCGAGAGAACCAUACCAGAAACGCCAAUCUCGUUGAAACGUUUGGCUAUGGAGAUUGUUGAAUCAUUUCCUAAUCUUGCCGGAGCACAUGAUAAAAAUGGAAACACUGCAUUGAAUAUGUUGGCGAGCAAACCCGUUUCCUUUAAAAGUGGGUCAUCCUAUUGGCUUAGGAAUAUUGGCAGUAGGCCCUUCAUUCCCCUACAGUUCCUUUUGUGUCUCGUCUACCUUUGCAUCCCAGUGUGGAUAAAUGAUUCUAAGCUUACCGGAGAUGUAGAGGAUCCCCAGAGGAAUGAACCCGUUAUCUGCCAAUCAAAAGGCUCUUUCGUCGAAAAUAUUAUCUCAGUGGUGCCUUGGCUUAAUGGAGUUCAUGAGGUAAAGAAAAAGCAUGCAUGUGCCCUGAACCUAGCGAAAAGGUUGAUUGCAAAAGAAGAAGAUUGGAGCCAUUACACCAACUCAUGUGGAAGGUAUAAUUAUGACGACGAUGAUGAUCGGCCCAUUUUUACUACUAAAACGAGAAGAAACCCGCUUCUUCAAGCGGCAGAGAACGGCAUUCAAGAGUUGGUGGAAGAUAUCCUCGGGAAAUUCCCCGAGGCUGCGUACUGCUUCGAUAGCAACGGGAAGAACAUAUUUCACAUAGCAGUGGAGAAGAAAGACGAGAGAAUGUACUGGUUCUUGAAGAAGAACGUUGCUAGAAAGGAAGGGAUGAUGGCAGCUCUUGAUCAUGGUAGAAACUCCAUUCUGCACCUUGCAACCAAACCCGGUGCUAAUCCUGGAGUUCUCCUUGGAAACUUGAACCAGAUGGCAUGGGAUGUAUAUUGGUUCAAGCUUGUAUAUUAUGAUUCUCCUCCUCAUCUUCCAUGGUACCCAAACUCCGACGGGAAGACGGCAACCGAGCUGUUCGAAGAUAACCACUCAAGACUACGAAAAGAUGCCGAGGAAGCCCUAAAAUCAAUGAACAAUAGCCUGCUCCUCGUCUCCGCACUCAUCGGGACCGUCAACUACGCUGCAGUUUUCACUCUCCCCGGAGGCUUUGAUUCCAACAGAGACAGCCGGGGUCCCGGCCGCCCGGUCCUGUAUGGUACGGACAAAGAGCGAGGCCUACUCCUUUUCUUGUGGUUCACUGGCGUCGCCCUGUAUGCCGCCUUUUUAUCGAUGGUGUUGAUGGUCGUGAUCCAGCUGUCCAAGUUCGCGAGCAGCGACUUCUUCACUGCAUUGCCCUUCAGGUACAUCAUCGCUAUAACAGCGUUGUACGUCUCUGUCGUCUUCACGAUAUUGGCCGUCUUCGAAGCCUAUGACAUCAUCGACUUACACAUCAACGUAUAUAUCUUCCUGGGGCCGGCCCUCGCAGUGCUAACCAUUGUUUUCAUCGACGUCGUGUACCUGACUCUGUGUCGCCUGUGUCUUGCGUUUUGUUGCUCACUUUCGCACCGAGGCCACAUGUUUGAGGCAGUCAUCGUUAAGCAUAGUAUUGAGGAAGCUAAGUUGUACGACCCUACGAGUAGGUGAGGCUGCGGACCGAUCAGCUAAUUCAUUCUGUUCUACUUU